CAACGCUGGGAGCUGGGUGAAGCGAUUGUAGCGGGUUGGUGAGACUAUGUAUAUCAACGCAGUGUGUGUUUGCUAAGGUGUAUGCUUGAUUGAAUAUUGACGCAGAACAUCCCCAUGCGCUUCAGCCAGUCGAGCAGCGAUCUGGCCUGAUUCAACUUUACAAUGUCUCCAUCGAGCAUGCUACACUCCGGAAUCAGACCAAAGGAAGUUGAAUGACCGUCGCGAUAGCCCCCAGAUCGGCUCGCCCAAGAUAUCGAACCCAAUGGCACAAUGCCGCCACCCAGACAUCCAACUCUUCGACGGUCUCCGCUGCUGCCUCUCAUGCGGCGAGGCCGUCUUCGAGACCGCUGACGCCGCAAUCGACCAUCCCGCCUCGCCAAACUACCACUACACCCCCCUUAAACACACCCUCGGCUCCGAAAUCCGCCUGCUGAUCCUCUACGCCGGCCCGCCCUCCAGCGACCUCCUGUGCGACCUCACCGUCGCCAACCUCGCCGACCGCCCCGCCUACGAAGCCGUGUCGUACACAUGGGCCGACGGCGACGGCGACCGCUGCAUGGCCUCCUCCAUCUCGUGCCGCGGCAAGUGCAUCCCCAUCACGCGCAACUGCGACGCCGCGCUCAGGCGCCUGCGGCUGCCCAGCCGCAGCCGCCGCCUGUGGGUCGAUGCCAUCUGCAUCAACCAGCAGGACACGGCGGAGAAGAACUACCAGGUGCGGCUGAUGGCGAGCAUCUACACCAAGGCGUCGCAGGUGCUGGCGUAUCUGGGCGUGGGCGAGCGCCAGGUCAGCAGCGGGCUGGCGCGCGUCGUGCGGUAUCUGCAGGACGAGCAGGCGGUGGCGGACGAGGCGGGGGUGAAGGCCGGGCUGGCGCAGCUGUUUGGGCUCGCCUACUUUGACCGCGUGUGGGUGCUGCAGGAGGUCGGGCUCAGCCAGCUGGUGACGCUGAUCAUCGGGGCCGCCGAGAUACGGUGGACCGGGGCGGCGAUCGCGAAGACGCUGAAUCUGAGCGCGGCGUUUGGGAUCCAGGCGCCGAGUAUUCUGAGCUGGAAUCCAGCGAGUCGCCCGGAGGAGGAGGGCGACGUGCUCGCGGUGUUGAGUAAGAGCCGGAACUGCUCUGCUACGGACCCGCGCGAUAAGGUGUAUGCACUGCUGGGGCUGAUGCAUCCGGAUUUCUCAGCGCAGUUUGGCAUUGACUACUCGCUCUCGUACCCGGAGGUCUUCAUCAAAGUGGCCCGAAUACUCGCCGACGCUGAGACAGAUUCGAACACUCACACCGACAACAUCAGUCUCUCCACAGCGGCCUGGCGCCAGCGAAUUCAGCACACCGAGCUCCCUCCAACGCGCGAGCCACUCUCACCCGCAGACACCGAGUAUCUCACGCACCUAAUCUCAGCCCAACAGAACCAGAACCUCACGCACAAGAUCCUCUCGCGCAGCACCUCGCCCCCAGCUGCGUCACCAAACCUCCCCUAUCUGCAGCUCCGCGCCCACCGCCUCGGCACCAUCACCCGCGCGCUGGGCGAGAUCUCCGACGCCCGCCGCUUCUACGUCCCACACAGAGAUUGGCCCGCGCUGGGCUCGCGGCUGUGCGCGCGCUGCCACGACGCAGCGCUCGGGAGCUUCGGCGACGGUGGGCUGAAGGCGGAGCGCACAGCGCUGAACUACGCGAUUGAGAUCUACGGCGCGGGCAAGGUGGCGUUUACGACGAGCCACUCGGUCGGGUUUGCCAGGGCGCCGGUGCAGGCCGGGGAUGAGGUGUGGGUGCUGUAUGGCGCCGAUGUGCCGUUUAUUCUGAGGGAGGUGGACGGGCACUACGGGCUGAUGGGGGAUUGCUACUUGCAUAGGGCGGGUCAGCCGUUUCCGUGUAAGAAUUGCGGGGCGGAUAGGGCGCCGUGGCCGAUGCAGACUGAGGUCAUUGAUCUUUGGUGA